GGAGGAGGAGGAGGAGGAGGCUGCCCGACGGGCCCCCCCUCUCUCUCCGCCCGGAUAAAUUGCCGGCGAGGCUGGGGCGCGGCUGCGGAGCCGACGGGGCGAGGGGACCAGCUGGGCGCGCUUGACGCACACGAGGCAGCCGCUCGCUCUCCUCCGACAGACUCUAUAAAGCAUUCAAGGCCAGGCCAUGGCGGCAGAGAGGAAUGAUGCACAGCAGAAUGUGGUCGCCAGGGUUGCCAGCCUUCCUCUGGUGAGCUCCACCUACGACAUGGUCUCCUCGGCUUACGUCACCACGAAGGACAACCAUCCCUACCUGAAGUCCGUAUGCGAGAUGGCAGAGAAGGGCGUAAAGACCAUUACUGCAGUAGCCAUGACUGGCGCUCUGCCUAUCAUCCAAAAGCUGGAGCCACAAAUUGCAGUUGCCAACAGCUACGCUUGCAUAGGACUUGACAAAGUCGAGGAGAGGCUGCCAAUACUGUAUCAGCCGACUGAUAAGGUUGUCGCUAACGCAAUGGAUGCGGUGGUCGGUGCGAGGGACGUCGUCGCAAUUACCGUGACUGGUGCCAAGGAUACUGUCGCACAGACCAUUAACGGAGUUGUCGACAAGACCAAAGGAGCCGUCCAGGACAGUGUGGAGUUGACCCGGUCAGUUGUCACCGGUAGCAUCAACACCGUUCUGGGAAGCCGGGUGCUGCGCCUGGUGACCAGUGGGGUGGACACUGCGCUCAGCAGAUCAGAGACCCUUGUAGACCAGUAUCUCCCACUUACGGAAGAAGAACUAGAGAAAGAAGCUACGAAAAUGGAAGGAUUUGAAGUUGGAGUUCAGAAGCCAAGUUACUACGUUAGAUUAGGAUCUUUGUCUUCAAAGGUCCGAUCCCGUGCCUACCAGCAGGCCUUAAUCAAGGUUAGAGAUGCUAAGCUCAGAAGCCAAGAGACAAUCUCUCAACUUAACUCCACUGUCAAUCUGAUUGAAUAUGCCAGAAAGAAUAUGAACAGUGCCAACCAGAAGCUCCAAGAUGCCCAACAAAAGCUGUAUAAUUCCUGGGUGGAGUGGAGGAAAAACACAGGCCAAAAUGAGGAUGAUGACUCCCACAGUGCUGAGUACAUUGAGUCACGCACACUAACGAUUGCACGGAACCUGACCCAGCAGCUUCAAACCACCUGCCUCACUCUGGUGUCGAGUAUACAGGGCUUGCCGCAGAAUAUCCAAGGCCAGGUUCACCACGUUGGGGAGAUGGCGGGCGAGGUCUACCGGAACUUCCGUUCGGCGUCUUCCUUCCAGGAAGUGUCCGACAACCUCAUCACCACCAGCAGAGGGCAGCUGAAGAAAAUGAAGGAAUCGCUGGAUGACGUGAUGGAUUACCUUGUGAACAACACGCCCCUCAACUGGCUGGUAGGUCCUUUUUACCCGCAAUUGGCCGGCUCUGAGAAUGCUGGGCACAGAGGUGACGGUGAGAAAAAGACCAGCCAGGAGGACAAACAGCCUGAACCCAACACAGAAUAAAUGGCGGCGUGACAAAACACACACACACACACACACACACACACACACACACAUGCCGUGUAGCUUGACUGACAAGGUGGCUGGGCUGCGGUAGCUGCAGUGUAACCUGCUGGAGGGGCAGGGGGGGAGAAAUUUAAUUCCUGCUGCACUUUCUCUUGACAAAGAAAGCAAAAAAUAAAAUAGAAAAUUCUGCACUCCUGAGUUGAGUUCCCAGUGUUUGGGUUUGAAAUUGUGGAAGAUGCAAAGUGCCUUAAAAGACUUCUGAGCCUCAGCAGAUUGCAUUGGAGAAAAACCUUGUUUAGCUACAUAUAUAUAUUUUACAAAGCCCCAUCUUGCCUCUCAGUUAAAGUGGCCUUUAAAAGGAGCUUACUGCUAUUCUGUUAAUAUACGCAGGGGCAGAAAAAAGCAAACCCCUUUACUGAAAAUCUGUAAAGCUUCUGGCAGCAUAAUUACAUUUUCUUAUUCAGCUUUCGUUUGAAAACUGCAUACUUUACCCUUGUAUACUUAUCAUUCCUUCCAUUUGCCUUAAAACAAUUCGUUUUAGGACCUUAACAAAAAAAGCCUUGAUAAACUUUUUCCACUCCUUGCGUGGAGUUGGGCUAGACUUGCCAGAGUGACUUGUCUGUUGCGACAGCUCACGUCGUCCUUCGUUUCUAAAUACGAGACAUGAUACUACUCAGUAACUCCACUUAAGCUACUGUUGAGCAUUGUGUGCUGAACAAGAUUCAUGCUGUUUGUACAUGGGUGUUUCUAGCCUGUCUUUUUGUAGUGCCUUGCCUUGUAAUUUCACAUGUAUGCUUAGUAAUAAAUGCUUCAGCAGCCAGA